AUGGGGGAGAGAGCUGUGGCAGCCUGGCAGGGGCGAAAUUCCAGCGAGACGAAGCCGAAUUGGCUGGCGGAAAAGAUGAAAGAUGCCAGCGGCUGGCUUGGGUUCGGAAAGGCGGCUGCCGCGGUGAUGGCGACGUCGCCGCCGGGGAGUGGAGGAUGGGUGGGCAACGGCCGGAGAAGGCGGGGAGCCAGGGAGGAUGGGGAAAGUGUUCGUUCGUGGCGAAAGAGUGUGGCUGAGCAAUAA